AUGGUGUUUGUGUGGUCUCUUGUUUUGUCACUCCACUUUCUUUUUCUUUAUUCACUCUUGUCUUUCACAUUUACUUCAUCUUUUUCUUUAACUCACCCAAACUGUCGUCAAUAUGAAAGCCAUGCCCUGUUGCAAUUCAAGGAAGGCUUUAACAUCAAUAUGACUGCUUCUUAUAAUCCACUCAGUUAUCCUAAGACAGCGUCCUGGAAUGCGAGUACCGAUUGCUGCUCUUGGGAUGGCAUUAAAUGUGAUGAGCACACAAAUCAAGUAGUGCUCAUUGAUCUUAGAAGUAGCCAACUCUAUGGCGAGCUUUCACAACUAAGAUAUCUGAAUCUUUCACAGUCAGUUUUUAUUGGCGAAAUUCCACCACAUGUUUCCCAAUUAUCCAAGUUGUUGCAUCUUGAUGUAGGGUACACUCGCGCAGCAUAUCUUAAAGGUAGUGAUGUCAAUCUGUUGACCCUCAAACAGUCGAGUCUCGAAAGCAUAAUUCACAAUUUAACAAAACUUGAGAUGCUCAUGCUAAAUUAUGUGACAAUUUCAUCCUCUUUACCAGACAAACUCACAAAUCUAACUUCCAUGAAAUCACUUUCUCUUUACAAUUCUGAAUUGUAUGGUGAAUUUCCGGUUGGAAUAUUUCAUCUUCCAAACUUGAAAUUUCUAGAUUUGAGACUUAAUCCAAAUCUCGUUGGUAGGUUGCCCGAGUUUCAGUCUAGUUCACUCACCACAUUAGCACUAGAGGAGACAGGUUUCUAUGGUACAUUGCCAGUAUCCAUUGGAAAACUUAGUUCUUUAAAUAACUUAAUAAUUGAUGGUAGCAAUUUUUAUGGGCAUAUUCCUUCUUCCCUCGGCAACCUCACACAACUCGUGCAAAUAAACCUUCAACAUAACAAAUUUAGUGGUGACCCUUCAGCAUCCCUGACAAAUCUUACUAAACUGAGCAAAUUGUCAGUUGGUUUUAAUGAAUUUAGUUUUGAGACAAUCUCAUGGAUAGAUAAUAGCAAUCUAAAGGGUGAAAUUCCAUCUUGGAUAAUGAAUCUAACAAAUAUUGUUAUCUUGAGCCUAUCCAAAAACGUUUUUCAUGGAAAGCUAGAACUUGACACGUUUUUGAAGCUAAAAAAGCUGACUUAUCUUAAUUUAUCACUCAACAAAUUGUCAUUGUACAACAGCAAAAAUUUAUCCCAUAUGACCAAUUCUCCAAUUCAAGUCUUACAACUAGUUUCAUGCAACUUAGUUGAGAUUCCAAGGUUUAUAAGAGAUCUUAAUGACGUGGUAUAUCUUCUCUUGUCAAACAACAAUAUAACAUCGCUACCUAAUUGGUUAGGGAGAAAAUCAAGUCUACAAAUACUAAGUGUUCCCCACAAUUCAUUGACAGGCAAAAUAUCUCCAUCCAUAUGCAAUCUCAAAUCACUCACCCAUCUUGAAUUAUCGUUCAACAAUUUAAGUGGUAAUGUUCCCUCAUGUAUAAGUAACUUUAGCCAAUAUCUAGAAAUUCUAGCAUUACAGAGGAACAAAUUGUCCGGUCUCAUUCCUCAAACAUAUCUAAGGGGAAAUACCCUUCAGAUGAUUGAUUUCAGCAACAACAAUUUUCUGGGCCAGUUGCCAAGAGCAUUGGUCAACUGUGGAUGGCUAGAGUACUUUGAUAUUAGCCAUAACAAUAUCAACGAUUCUUUUCCAUUCUGGCUGGGAGAUUUACCUGAGUUGAAGGUAUUGGCUUUAAGUAACAAUAAAUUUCAUGGAAACAUUAGUUGCCCUAAAAACAUGAUAUGCACAUUUCCAAAGCUUCACAUCAUUGACCUGUCUCACAAUGAGUUCUCUGGCAAUUUUCCCACAGAAAUGAUCCAGAGUUGGAAAACAAUGAAAACUUCCAACACAAGUCAAUUACAGUACGAGGAAAAUUCAAUAUUCUCUGCAUCCAAUAAUCUAGAAUACUCGGAGACAAGAAAUAUCUCUUAUUCGUUUACAAUGUCAAACAAAGGGAUGAUCAUGGUUUAUGAUAAGCUUCAAGAGUUUUACAGGAUGAUAGCCAUUGAUAUAUCAAGCAACAAAAUAAGUGGAGAGAUACCAAAAGUCAUAGGUGACUGGAAGAAUCUUGUUUUGCUUAACUUGUCAAAUAACAACCUUAUUGGCAGCAUACCAUCUUCUUUAGGGAAGCUUUCAAACCUUGAAGCACUGGACCUUUCUUUCAACGGUCUUUCAGGAAAAAUUCCUCAACAGUUGACACAACUCACCUUUCUGGGGUUCUUUAAUGUGUCUUUCAACAAUCUCACAGGUCCUAUACCACAAAAUCAGCAGUUUUCUACAUUCCAAAGCAAUUCAUUUGAGGGUAACCAAGAUUUGUGUGGAAAUCCAUUGUCAAAGAAGUGUAUAGAUCAGCCAAAUCCUUCUGCCUCUGAUGAUGACCAUGACUCAGAAUCUUUUUUUGAAAUUGAGUGGAAGGUAAGUCUAAUUGGAUAUGUAGGUGGUCUUGUUGCUGGAGUGGCAUUGGGAACCACUUACAGCUUACAAGUACUUGGAUGGCUUAAAAGGUUCUUUUGA